GGCGGCUACACAAAAGCACCACUGGCUUCUUGCUCCUCACUCAAAGGAAAUCAGCUGAGGUUCUUAGCAAGUUCUUCAAGAUAUCAUCUUUUUCAUUUAUAUAUAUACCAAAGCUAAACCUGUUUAAUUUCAUAUCCAAAAUUUUCAUUUCAUCACAUUCAGAGACCAACCCAUAUUUUCUUACAAUAAACCAAGCAUGGAAGGCACCUGUGUUGUUCAAUCACAUCAAAACAAAACCGAGGAUGAAUGUUCAAACCUGUCUCUUCGGCCAUUGGAUGUUGCAGACAUAGAUGCUUUCAUGGUCUGGGCCACCGACGAGAAAGUGACACGCUUCUGCACUUGGGAGCCUUACACCAACAAAGAAGAUGGCUUGAACUACAUCAAGAACAUCGUCUUGCCUCACCCCUGGUUCCGAGCAAUAUGCAUCGACGACCGACCGAUCGGGGCCAUUUCGGUGACUUCGAAUUCAGGGAACGAUAAAUGCAGGGGCGAACUAGGGUACGUUUUGGCGUCGGAGUAUUGGGGCAAAGGGAUUGCGACGAGGGCUGUGAAGAUGGUGGCUGGGACCAUAUUUGAUGAAUGGCCUCAUUUGGAGAGACUGGAAGCUCUUGUCGAUGUGGGAAAUUUGGGGUCUCAGAGGGUUUUGGAGAAAGCUGGGUUUGAAAGAGAAGGUGUAUUGAGGAAGUAUGUUAUUUUAAAGGGAAGGUCUAGAGAUAUGGUUAUGUUUAGUCUUCUAUCUACUGAUCAUCGUCAAACUUGAUGAUUGUUUGUGAAAAUGUUUUAAAUGCUUU